GGCGCAGGCCGAGUCGGGGAGAGAUGGAAGGCCUCUCGGAGCUCACUGGGGACUCGGAGCAGGAAUACGAAGAUGUGGCGAGCUUGGCCUCGCGGCCGUCCGGGGUCAAGACCAUCUCUGGCCCCCAGUCCCCCGCCGAGUCCGCGGAGCUGGCAGCCGUAGAGACCUCGGAGAGAGGUUCCGCCGCGACCGAGCCCGCCGAGCCCCCGGAGCCGGCCGAGUCGGCCGAGCCUGCCGAGCUCGCCGAGCCCGGGGAAGGGCCGAUGGCCACCGAAGCUGAGGGCGAGGAGGGGCCCGGAGAGCCGGAGGGGCCGGCCGAGGCCGAGGCCGAGCCUGAGGAGCCGACCGAGGAGCCAGCCGAGCCGGUGUCCGAAGGCGGGCCCGAGGAGCCCGAGGAGGAGGGAGGAGAGGCGCCCGAGGAGGAGGAGGCGGAGAGCGCGGAGGAGGCGAGGAGGAAGACGGCCCCGUCGCUGGCUUCUCUGCCGCGGUCCGCGACCAGCCUGGAGGAGGGCGCGCCCGUCCCGGAGGAUGAGGCCGAGGGCUCGGAGGAGGAGCUCGAGAGCGAGGGGAGCGCGAGGAAGAGUGUGGAGGGCGGUGAGAAGGGGCUGGACGAGGACCUCAAGGACGAGGAGCUGGAGUGGACCGAGGAGGUGCAGCGGCAGCAGGAGCAGCAGCUGCGCUCCGAGCUCCUGGAGCAGUACCGCACCCUGACGGUGGAGCGCAGCCACUACCAGCGCUACAACAUCUACCUGCAGCACAAGAUCUACGAGGCGCUGCGCAAGAAGAAGGGCCUGGACGCCGCCGAGGUGCCCGAGAAGGGCGCCGAGCCCGAGGCCCCCGAGAAAGAGGAGGCCUACCUGCGCUACCUGGCGCUGCUGGAGGAGCUCAGGAAGCAGGAGGCCGACGACCUGGACUGGUACCACCAGGAGCUGGACCAGCUGAAGCAGCAGUGCAAGGAGAAGGUCUCCAGGGUGGAGAGGGAGUGGCGGAGGUUCCAGGCGCUCAAGAAGCAGGUGGUGCUGCAGGCCAUGGGCAGCUGCCGGCUGAGGGGCGGGCGCCAGGCCGCCCUGCGGGAGGUGGAGCAGAUCCAGGCGCUGGAGGACAAGAAGGAGAAGGAGAUGAGCGCCGUGAGGCUGGAGAACGUGCAGCUGAAGCAGAGCCUCGUGCACUUUGAGACCAGGAUGCGGGCCCAGGAGGACACGACCGAGGGCCUGCUCCUCAUCGACUUCGAGCAGCUCAAGAUCGAGAACCAGACCUUCAACGAGAAAGUGGAGGAGCGGAACGAGGAGCUUCUGAAACUGCACAGCAAGGUGAACCACAACGUGCAGAUCAUCACCCACGUGAAAGAAAAGCUGCACUUCGUGGACAUUGAAAACGCGAGCAGAAAGGCCCAGCUGCUGGAAGUGGAGGCCCAGGUGGCCCUCAGGAGGGACAUCCUGACCAAGACGAAGCAAGCUCGCGACGGCCUGCGGAUUGACAACAUCAAGCUGAACCAGAAGUGCGGGCUUCUGGGCAAGGAGCCGCUCCUCCGGGACCUGGAGGAGAAGGUGGGCCGGACGGAGCAGCUCCGGGAGCACUUGGAGAGCCUGAAGCGCCACCACGCGGGGCUGGCUCUGUCCUGCCGGGGCGUGAAGCAGAAGAUCCGGGAAGCCAGGGCCUUCCUCCCCUCCUGACCGGCUGACCUCGGCAAGCGUUGUGCUGUUGACUUUUAUUCUCCGUGUCUUGCCAUUCUUUAAAAGGCGUGUGAUAUUUAGGAUGGAACUACAUUUCUGUAUUUAUCUCAUAAGUUUUCAGCUUCCAAAUGAGUGCUGAGCACAAAACUGGGUCAGCCGUCGGUUUUAUACGGGGUUACGUAAAGCAGGUCCAGACAGACCAACCACAGGUAGUGUGCCUCCCUUCUCAGGAAACACGGCCCAAAGCCUUUAUAUCUGAGCGACUCCAUCAUGUCAGCGACCUGGCGCUAAGAACUGCUCCUCUCCCAUAUGUCGGAGGGGCGGCCAAUGGGCAGGAUGUCCCCAGUUCCUGUGCCGAUCAUUAAACCUCUGAACUUAUUAAACGGUGCACUCCCAAGUCCGUUUCAAUUCAAACCUCAUAACUCCCUCAGAUUAACCUCGCUUCUGGGUUAAUGGAAACAUCCGGGAAUCAUCCGGGAAAUGACAACUAGGAAAGGGGCUGGUGUUCCCUGUCCCUUGGCUCAGUGAGAGGAGGCGCAGUCUGCUGCGCCAUUGAAGUUGGUUUCCGGCUCCAAGGCAGUCUUCAAGUCUAAUGCACCCUUUUCUUGGGCCCUCUAAAGGAGAGCAUUGACCUCCACCAAUAAAUGAAGUUUUGUUUCCAGUGAAGACAGCGGUGGCUGUGUUUUGCCAGGUGCAAUAUGUAUGGAGUGGUGAGUGCCAGCUGCCCAUAAGCCUUUUGUGUCCAGCGAGGCAACAGGACCCCACUCUGCACGUGGUUUUACUCUGUCUUAUGUUAAAAUGCCCAUUCCUCAUGUUAAUGCAAGAAAUAGCUGAUCGGCCUAGCUCCUUAAUUCAGAAUUGGUGAUGAACAUUUUCAGGGGUGGGAGUAAUGCUUUUGGAGCUAGGGGCUUGGUUUUAUUUAUUCUUUUUUUAAAAAUAUGGUUUUAUUGAUUUCAGGGAGGAAGGAAGGAGAGAGAUAGAAACAUUGAUGAGAGAGAAACAUCAAUGGGCUGCCUCCUGCAUGCCCCCCACCGGGACCAAGCCUGUAGCACGGCAAGUGCCCUGGCCGGGAAUUGAACCGUGAUCUCUAGACUCAUGGACGACACUCAGCCAGCUGAGCCACACCAGUUGGGCCAUUUUAUUUCUUCUUAAUCUUAGGUUAAAUUUUGAGCUGUACGGACCUGGGAUUAAAAGUAUUCCCUUAUCCCUAACCUUGAGUGCAUCACAGGGUGACCUAUUUUUUGGUGCUAAAUACCUUUUAAGAAUGGCAGAAACCCCACUCCAGGCAGAUGACUCUGCUGGCCGGGGGAUGUCAGAAUAACUUUGUCUUUUGAUGCACUUUGUUUUAAAGGGUUUUUCCUUUGAUGGCAAUAAAGGUUGAUUAAAACUC